AGUCUCAAGCACCAACGAUCGAGGCUUCCAUGCUGGAAAACGAUAAGCUGAUUGUCGUUCAGAAUGGGGCGGGAAAGAGCGGUUGAUCAGCGGUCAGAUGAUGUUGUCAUUUGUCUGGGAAACCUUCCUUGACAAGUUAGCCUGGGAAUAGGAUUGACCUGGUAUAGCCUUUGGGUUGCGGCUGCUGUUCCGGAUUUUACCAGAGUGUCUACGAAGUGGUUCGUAUUUGGCUGGUGUUGAGCUCGUCUCGUCAUCGUAGGUCAGACACGGGAUGCCGGGGCUGCAGCCGUUCCUCUCUUCUCUUCGCAUGUUUGCCGCGCCCAUAUUGAUCUCAGAUAAGACAAAGUCGACAUGAUGCGUUCUUUGGCGUUGCUGCAGUUCUGCCUCGCUUCCUUCUGGCAACUCUCUCCAAGCUCGGCUUUCCCAGCCAUUCACCAAGAAGUCCUAGAGAACGCUAGCUCUCAUGGUAGCAGGGGAGCUGUAGCCAGUGAAAGCUCGAUAUGCUCCAAAAUCGGAAUUAACACGAUUGCCAAAGGCGGAUCUGCCGCAGAUGCCAUGGUGGCAACAACACUAUGUGUCGGCGUUAUUGGCAUGUAUCAUUCUGGCAUAGGCGGGGGAGGCUUCAUGCUCGUCCGGGAUAAGGGCGGCAACUACGAGACCAUCGACUACAGGGAAACCGCCCCGGCCGCCGCGCAUCGAGACAUGUACGAGCACAAUCAGAACGCCAGUGUCUUUGGCGGCCUGGCUGUUGCCGUCCCCGGCGAGCUCAGGGGGCUGGAGUACUUGCACAAGAAAUACGGCCUGCUUCCUUGGAGGAUGGUUGUCAUGCCCGCGGCCCGUGUUGCUCGCAAUGGCUUCCGAGUAACCGAGGACCUAGUCCGGUACAUGAAGGCUGCCAGCCAAAACAACAAUACCUUCUUAACCGACGAUCCGAUCUGGGCUGAGGAUUUCGCCCCUAACGGCACCCUUCUUCAACUUGGCGAUACUAUCACCAGGUUACGUUACGCCGACUCUCUCGAGCGAAUUGCAGGCCAAGGGCCCGAUGUGUUCUACAAAGGAAAUAUUGCCCAGUCAAUGGUAGGCUUUAUACGCAAAAUGAACGGAACCUUGACCUUGGAUGACCUCGAGGGGUACACCGUCGAUGUGAAGCCGUCCCUAAACAUUACCUAUGGGGACUACCGACUGUUCACCACCGAAGCCCCGAGCAGUGGCGCCGUCAUGUUCAGCAUCCUGAAGACCAUGGAGCAGUACCCUGCAGAAGACCAGACCGACACCAAUCUGACCACACAUCGCUUCGCAGAGGCCAUGAAGUUUGCCUACGGGGCACGGCUACAGCUCGGCGACCCGGACUUCAUCACAAACACCACGGAGUACGAAAGCCGUCUCCUAAGCAACCACACCGCAAAUAGCAUCCGCCACCGCAUCCUCGACAACAAAACACAGCCAGUCGAAGCCUACGACCCCUUGUCCCUCUACCUUCCAGACAGCCACGGCACCUCGCACAUCGUCACGGCCGACAAGUCCGGCCUGACCAUCACGUCAACAACCACCAUCAACCUGCUCUUUGGCGCCCAAAUCAUGACUCCAGACACGGGAAUCAUCUUAAACAACGAGAUGGAUGAUUUCUCGCAGCCGGGACGGCACAACGCCUUCGGCUUCCCCCCGUCCCCGGCCAACUACAUCUCGCCGCGCAAACGGCCCCUCUCAUCCAUCACACCGCUCAUCGCCGAGCAUCUGUCCAACGGCACCGUCUUCCUCGCGACCGGCGCGGCGGGCGGCUCCCGCAUCAUCAGCGCCACGACGCAGGUCGGCUUCCACGUGCUCGUGCACAACAUGAGCCUGCGCGACGCCAUCUCCGCGCCGAGACUGCAUCACCAGUUGAUGCCGAACGUGUUGAUGGUUGAGGAUGGGUUUGAGCAGGGAGUGGUGCGGGAUUUGGAGGGGAAGGGGCAUAACGUGACAUGGAUGGCACCUGGGUUGAGCGCGGUGCAGGGGGUUAUGAGGAGGGGAGAUGGGCGGUUUGUCGCGGUCGGCGAGACGAGACAAGUCAAUAGCGGCGGGUAUACUAUAUGAUGAAUUGUACAGGCCGGGGAAAUGAAGGGGGAGGGUGAUAGAUUGAUACAUCGUGAUGCGAUGGUCAAGUGUGGCUGUCAUUAAGGUUGUAUCCAGUAGAGUAACAAUAAGAGGAAAGA